UUAAAAUUGGGUUUCUUCAAAGAAUAUUUGAACAUUUCGUUAAUAAUUAUGGAAUUCUCAAAGAUUUUAUUAAUUCUGCUAUAGAAAUUCUCCCGGAGGAUAAUCAUAACCUUAUGAUUACAGAUGAAUUUCUAGAAGAGAUGCAUAAUCAAUGUUAUAUUUACAAUUCAUCUUUUACGUUUCUUAUUCAAUUCUAUGAAAGAUUCUGUUCUACCAAAGCAAAACAAUAUCUUGACGACUUACAGGAAAGAUUAAUCACUACCACGCUUGCAAAUUCUUAUGAAGAAGAUCACUGGACUAUUCAUUCUGAAAUACUUGGAGUUAUGAAAGAUGCUUAUCAAUUGGUUGACUCCCAAAUUUUUCAAAAUAUUUUUCAAGAUGAAAGCAGAUCCAUUGAAGGCGAAGGAUUAGCAGAUGAAAUUAAAAAUAAAUAUGGAAUAACAAUCACAGAUCAAAAUAUGGAAGAAUUAGUUAGUGCGGUGAAACAUUUGAUUAAUAUCCCAUCAACGUUGGAAAAAUUGAAACAACUUAUAACUGUAUUUGAAAUUUUAAAAAUUACGCAUAAUAAAAAUUUCUGGACAAAGAAAAUAAAUGAAUUUAAAAAUGAAAAUUUAUCACUUGGUCAGUUAUCCAAAAGCUUUCCCCAAUUGAGACGAGAUGAAGAAAAUUAUCUUUUAACAAAAAGUUGGUCACUAAUUAAAGAAAUUGCAUCUGCCAAAGAUCUCAUUAUCUUUCUUAGAUCACUCAUCGGUCAUGAUGUUAAAAACUUAAUAAAUGGUGUUGAUGAUCAUUCAGAUGAACGUUUAAUUCAAGAAGAUACUGUCCGAACAUUUAUUCAAGUAAAGCAAAUUAUGGAAUCUUUAUUGAUGAGGAAAAAAAAUUUUGAAGAACGUGAAUUUUUGCAAAAGUUACAUGAUACCUUAGAAGUGAAUCCAUCUCUGGUUGAUAAUUUGCGACUAUGCCAUGCAAAUACUCAAGCACUGAAGCAUAUGUACGAAAAUAUUUCAAAUCGUGGAGAAGUGACAAAAGAAAGAAUUUUCUUUGCGGUGACAAAAGGGAAAUACUUAUUUAAGAGAAUGGAAAAUGACGAUAAUGAGGGUGAAUAUACAGCAACACUAUCAUAUCCUAGCAAAAUUUCACAGGAUGGAAUUGCUAGAUAUAGCUUUUCCGACCUUCAAGAAUUACAUGGUCGUGCCUUAUUAAUUGCGAAGGCUCCUGCUAAUACAACGGAUUUAAAUGAUAACCCCAACGAUAUUACAUCAGUCCACAUGAACGAUUUUGUAAUUCAUGUUGAUCUUGCACAGGAAAUAGUUAACACAGCUUUAUCGUUGAAAGAACUUGGUCAUUUUAAAUAUCGCGAUUUUCGGGAAACUGUAAGUUCUGAUACACUCAAAAUGAAAGAAUUACUGCAGCGUUUAAUUGGAGAUUUACAAGAAUGGAAAAAAAUUGUCAAUGAAGCGCAACAAAAACAUUAUUAUUUGACAUUCUUCCUACCACAACAUAUUUUAUAUUUUUAUGAUUAUUUUUCGUGCAAUGGAGAAACUACGCGAUCUGAUAUAAAAGAAAAGUGUUCGAUGCUUUUAAAAUUUGUUAAUGAUAAAGCUGAGUUGCCGUCUGUAGAAUCUGAUGCCCUUAAUAUUCCGCUUAUUCCUGAAAAUUAUUUGGUCAUUCUCUGCAAUAUUGGUAUCCAAUUAUAUGAUAUUUUCAGCGAAAUACUUAUAACACAACGUCAAAUAAAAGCUCAUGUUGACCCGAAUAUAACAGAUAUG